GAAGUCGAAAUCGGAAUUCAUUUGCGGAAAAGUAGUUGAUAUUGCACGUUGAAAAUGGACAGUGGUAACGAUCCAAAUCAGCCACGGCAACCCCGUAAUCUGCAGGGUCUGCUUAAAUUCGCGAUGGAAGCCACAAAGGAUGAAGAUGCACCACAAGAAUCGCAUUUCGCUCAAAUGGACGAGGAAAGGCGACGAUUCCUGGAGGAAGCUUUGAAAUCACUCACCGUCGAUGUGGUGCGAGAGUUGGAAAAGGCCAUGAAAGUGCUGCUAGAUCCGGAGUCGGAUGAUGAAGCCAAGGCCGAGUCAAUCGAGAUUGUAAUCGACUACGUGCAGGACAUCGAUACUGCGAACGAUUUCUUCAAAGUGGGAGGAUUUGUUAUUGUUAAACCGGGCCUCGAAUCAUCGAGUGCGGCAGUGCGGGCUGGCACUCUUCGGUUGGUAGGAGAACUGGCACAAAACAAUCCAUUCUGCCAGCAGCAUUUGCUGGAGCUAAAUAUUCUGCCAAAGUUAACCGAGCUGCUCACCGAUGAACCGGCUGUGGCACAACAGGCCAUGCACGCGGUAUCCUGUAUGGUUCGACACUAUGAACCGUGCCUGGCUGCCUUCAUUGACAUCGGAGGAUUGGAGUGCAUUUUGGGGUGCAUACAAACAGACAACGAGAAGUUGCGCAUAAAAUCGUCAUUCUUGAUGUCGAACCUGUGCACGGAGUUCGAACCGGUGCGGGAUGAGUUCAUCAAGCUGAACGCCGUCGAGCGAGUGAUGGCCGCGGUGAAACCGUCGAAGGAGUACGAUGCAAAGUUAGAAACGGCAUUGUCGACAUUACGUGUUCUAACGGAGAGUAAAGAAGGUAUUCGAAGGUGUCGAGAUGGAAGCAUGAAGCAGAAACUGCAAACUAUAGUUAAACUGAACGCUGGAAAAGAAGAAUGUCAGGAACAAUUGGAGUAUGCCCAGACGUUACUGAAACGGUGUUUCUCUGAGGAAAAUGAUGGAACUGAUCGCUAACAACAGUGACUUACAAACUAAGUUGUUUUAUUCGAAUGUUUUGCUCAGAAAUCAUAGCUGUUCCGGAAUAACAAAAAGCGUUUGUUGCACAUGAUCACGUCAUUAACAAUAAAUAACAAGUGAAUUGAU